AUGAGCACAGAAAAGGUACUAGAACCCAAAGCCUCGGAGCUGUCAUGGACCCUUAUGUGUGUUUCGGUGGCUUCUGGCACUAUGUCUAUACAAUAUGGUUACUAUCUCUGGAUAGUCUACUCUCCAACUGUGAUCGUUCAAGACUUCUAUAACUUGACCAUCGCUGAAUCUCUGAAUGAUCCUAAUGCUAACAUGUUCUUCAUGGGUGUCACCAUUGCUUUAUUCCCACUCGGGGGCAUAUUUGGGGCCAUUGCAGUGGGCUGUUUGAUGGAUAGACUUGGAAGGAAAUGCACUCUGAUGAUAACUAAUAUUUUGUCUGUUGCCUCCGCUGUCUCCAUGAGUGCUUCCAAUGUGAUACAAACCUAUGAGUUCAUCAUGUUCACACGCUUGUACACCGGAAUAUGCAUAGGCAUACUCGCCGGUGCUGUCCCCAUAUACCUUGGUGAAAUCUCUCCUAGAAGGCUGAGAGGAAGCAUUGUCAUGAUAUUUCACUUCUUUCUAAGCAUUGGUGUCCUGCUGGCUCAGAUACUAGCACUACGUGAAAUCUUGGGGACCAAAAAAGGUUGGGGAAUAAUUAUGGGCGUCAUCGCGGUUGUACCAGCGAUUCAGAUAUUCCUAGUGCCCUUCUAUCCUGAAAGUCCUAGGUAUCUAAUGAUUCAGAAGAGAGAUGAAGAGAAUGCAAGAAAAGUCUUGCAGUUACUGAGAGGAAGGGAUAAUGUGGAAUCUGAGAUGGAAGAGCUCCGUCAAGAGGACAUCUCCGAGAAGUCAGAAAAGCAGAUGAAUUCCCUCAAACUUCUCUCGAACCAAAGCUUAAGGGGGAACGUCAUCAUGGUCAUCGUCUUGAUGACUGGUCAGCAGCUCAUUGGGGCCAAUGCAGCAUACUACUAUACAGAGAGAAUCCUCAUGACCAUGAAGGUCGAAGUGGACAAAAUCCGUUACAUUAGUAUAGGCACAACCUUGCUCAUCAUCGCCACAGUUGUAUUAGCGCUAUUUACCAUGGAUAGUGUGGGAAGGAGGCCUCUGCUUCUCAUUGGCUUUGGGAUCUGCACCAUCACCUCUCUUCUGUUAAUCAUUACCCUCCGACUGCAGGCGGAUUUCCCAGUGAUGACCUAUUUCAGCACAGUUUUUGUUGACAUCUACUUCACUGGAUACGCCUUAGCACCAAGUCCAAUUCCAUCAAUAUUGACAAUAGAGCUAUUCUCCCAGUCAUCCCGAGCCUCAGCUUUUGUGAUUGCAGGAUUUGUGCAGUGGCUGCUAAACUUUCUUACAGGAGUGACAUUUCUUCAAUUAGAGACACGUAUCGGGUCCUUCAGCUUCCUAAUCUUCUGUCCUAUCUGUGCAGCCGUUUUUGUUUAUAUCUUCAAAUUUGUCCCAGAGACCAAGAAAAUGACCUUUUUGGAUAUUCGGAGAGCCAUGGCAAUCCGGACAGCGAGGAAGGUUCAGGUCAAGUCGAACAAAUAG